AACAUCGACUCCAUUGACAACAUCACAACACCUUGGAGAAGAACUUAUUUGGGGAAAACCUCGUUCAUACUUCAUAGCACGGAAGGCUGAUGGGAUACUCCAAAAAAAAAAACAAAAAAAAACCUUAUUUCCUCUUUCAUAGUUUCCGAAAAACCUCGUUCCUAUUUUCAGGUUAGGGUUUCGUCAAUCAUAAGGAGCCAAUGCUAUUCCAUCAAUCUCGAUUUAGCAUAUCUUUGAGUUUCGGUACUUUUUACUGGUUUCUCUCUAAAAUUCAUUAUUUAUCUGGUUUUAUAUUCUUUUUUUCUUUCCAGCAAAAAAAAUUAUUUUGGGUAAAAUUACAUCUUUGUUUAUAGAGAGAACCUCUUUAUCAGUUUAUCUGGUAUAGAUUUGUGGAAACCCCAUGUAAAAGUUUUAAGUAUUGCUUAGGAGAAGUAUUUAUUUCUUUGAAGUUAUGAGUCAAGAGCCAAUUAUCUUUGACAUCAGUUCUGAUGAUGAAGAAGAAGAUAAUGGAGGAGUUCAGGAGGAAAGGAAAGAAACUGAAGAUGAUCAGAUUGAUUGGCUAUCAGAAUUACUUGAUUCUGCUGAAAGUAUAAAGGAUGAUGAUUCAUCUGAUGACGUUGUAUUUAUUAGUGAGGUUUCGUGUAGUUCUAAUAAGCUGAGAGAGAGUAGAAAUAAUAAUAAUAAGAAGGCAUCCGAUUUGAAGAAACCUGGUGUAGUUAGAAAGGAUGAUGAUGAUGAUGAUGAUGAUGAUGAUGAUGAUUGUUUGAUAUUGGAUGAAGAUCCUGAGAAUCCAGUUGCUGUUGAGAAUAAUAGUAAUGAGAAUGAAUCAGAUGAGUUGCUUGUUGUUAGCGAAAAAGGGCAGGUAGCAUGCAGAGAUUAUCCUCACUCACGAGAACAGUGUGCAACAUAUCCUUUCCGCACUGCGCCACACGAAAAGUACUGUGACCUGUGCCAUUGUUAUGUUUGCGACUUGCGCGCUCCAUGCAAAUAUUGGGGCGCUGGUCUCUCCAAAAAUGACCAUUGUCAUGCAUCUGAUAAGGAGGAAAUAUGGAAAGCUCAAAGGAAAUGCUUCAAGCUAAAAGCCACUCUAGCAAUGCAGAAACUUCCUGGGACAACUUCAUCAAAGCCCCACAUAGCCUCUUACAAAUCCGCAUCAACAUUUCCGCUUACUCAACCUAUGGGUAAUGGUUCUUUUCUAUCACACUCAGUCUCAUCAGCUGCAGUACGACCUUGUUUGCCAAAUUCCAACUUUGAUGUCCCUAAUAUCAUUAACCGGAGAAGUACGAACAUUGCACGGGUAGCAUCAGUCCCCUUGAGCAGAAAUAGAUACCCUGAUCACAUUAGCAGCAGGUCACCCCUAAUGUCGGGUGGUGGUACAAGUAAUAACAACAUUGCCAGAAGAGAUAGAGUUGGUGUUGCUUUAGGCCCACAUCCACAUACAAAUUUUAAAAGGGUGGGGUCUGUCGGUGUUGGUGCUUUACCUAAGCACCGAUUUGCCCACAGUUCUUCUGUUCAUUACAAUGAUCCGGCACAGAAAUUACAGGCAAAGAGGAUCUACCAGCCUUCAGUGAAAGUUCAAGGUGGAAAUUAUCAUAACCAAAGAUGUCAGAACUCCUUUGGGACCAUCGACUCCGCAGGGGAUAACACCUAUAAGAACCUAUCCCAACCAAGCUCAACCAUAAGUGGCAAUUCUGCAGAUGCUUUGUAUGAUACUGAACCCAGUAGUAACAUGCAGCAUCUGUAUCCGGUUGAGACUCCUGUUUCUAAUAUCACUAAUCCAAUCCCUUCAGAAUACAACUUUAAUUGGUUUAUGGAAACACAACCAACAGUGGACACAUAUCCCAUGGCAGAGGUUUCUCAAAUUCCAGGUCUGCAGCCAACCUCAGCCCCACCUUUACCUGUUGAUGGUACAGAUCCUUUCUACGGCUCUCCGCAUGAAAUAAGCGUGAACCCGACUGGUCAAUCAGAGUUGGAUAACUGGUUUGAUUCUCUUGCAAAUCAGUCAGUUUUGGGCACUGCUUCAAAUGAUACAGUGCCGUCACAGUCAGAUUUUGUUUCCUCUCAAGCUGACCUGUUGGGUGAUGGGGUUUUUGUGUUCGAUUUCGAAAACUGUUAAGAACCGUAAAUCUGUUAUUACUAGUAAAUAUAUUAAGUUAUCAUGUAAGUUGGUUAGCUAGCCGGGAAUCCCUAGAAGGAAAAAUGCUUGCUAUAUCUUAUGUUUAUCACGUCUGCAGGAUGGUUAGCUAGCCGGGAAUCCCUAGAAGCAAAAAUGCUUGCAGGAACCCGAUGCAUUAUGGGUUCAAUGUAGUUUAAUCUGGUUUACAGUUGUGUUGAGCUUCUUAGCUUCUGGUAUGUAAAUAAAAGACGUAUAUUUGUUUUCUGUUUCUAAUUCUAUCAAAAUUAAAUUAAAUUUGUAGAAGUGUUAUUACUUUA